GAAGUUUUUUGCGCGAAGAAGCAGAGGAGAGCCUCCUCCAUUCAUUCCAAGAUGGAGGCUGCUAGGCAAUGCAGGGAUGUUGGGACGCAGGUGCAUGUGCCUCCACGCGAGGUACGGUGACUGACACAGCUGCGAGGACGCGUAGCACUUGUGACGAAUUCAUUCUACCUGCUUCCUCUUGUCACAUUUCAGUAUAUCAGCCCUCAAGGUUCACGCUCUCGUCUGAUGGAGAUUCAUGCACUCAUUCUUCUGUUGUAUGCAUGCAUGCAGUGUUGUUCUCGCAGCCUGACGAUGCGUGGCCCGACUGGAUUGAAAGGUAAAGGGUGAACCACACAGACGGGCCACACUGCCACGUUUGCAUUCACUGACCCCUGUGCGUAUAAUGCAGACCGCACACGAUCAGCUGGCUGAUGCUUGCAAUCAGCCUCAUCUACACGGCUUCUACUUGCAUGGAGGCCUCUGACCCACCACCAGAUACAAGGAAGAACGUCACUGCGUACGCCUUACAACCCACCACUCGAAAAGGCACGCGACAGAUAGGCGAAGGCUUGUCUUUCUCUCUCUGUUCAGGGGUCUGCUCGCCGGUAUUGCCAUGUUCCUCGUAUUCGCGAUGGUCCAAUUGCCGGACGGUAUCCUCAUCCGGCCCCAUCCCGUCAUCUGGCGGGCGGUCAAAGGCGUCUCUAUCCUCUACCUCUUUCUAGUGAUCUUUCUCUUGUUCCAGGUAUGCCAUUUCACUGCAUCGCUCCACCCGUGAACCUGGAACUGGGACGGUGCACACUGUGUGUCGGCGGGAUGUGUGUGUGUGUGUGUGUGUGUGCGUGUGUGUUUGUGCAUGUGCAGUCGCUUGACGAUGUCCGUGUGGGGCUGAAGUUCGUCGAUCCAAAACUCGGUUGGCACCCGAGCACUUACCCAUGCAGGCAGUUUAUCCACUUCCUGGUCCGCAGGCGUUCCUUUACCGGAGAAGAACUACGCGGAAGAUUGCCGCCUUUACACUCCUGACAGCGCUCAUUCUCGCUGGGCCAACCUGAAGGCAAGAUCGACGGACGCCCAACGUGUCUGCAAGUGACAGCAUGUUGUCUUCAGGAGCAGCUGGACGUCUUCGUCGUCGCACACCUGAUCGGUUGGCAGGACCACACACACACACACGAGCGCACAAUCACACAUGGAAUGCGAGUGUCUCCGUGUUUCCUCCCGUCCUCUUCCUCCUUUCUCCCUGUUGCGUCUCUUAAGGUUGGAUGGUGAAGGCUUUGAUCAUACGCGACUGGUACCUGCUUUCUGCACUCUCUAUCGCCUGGGAAUGGACCGAAAUCACUUUGAGACACGUGUUGCCCAACUUCUGGGAGUGCUGGGUAAGUAAGAAAGAGAGGUGUUCAGUUUGUUUUGGUGUGCAUCGUAUCGGUGGCUGUCCCCCUCAUCGGUUACCCUAGUGGUGAGCCCUUACUUCCCUUAUGCAUGUGUGGGGCAAUCCAUGGUAUUAUCUCCAGGGACCACAUCAUUCUCGAUGUGAUAGGCUGCAAUGCCGUCGGGAUCUACUUGGGUCUGCGUUUAUGUCGCUUCUUCAAGGUCAAAGUACGUGGGGACACAAUGUCAAGAGCGGAAACUAUCCGUCUCUGUUCGUAUCCUUCCUGCCAUUUCCGUUGCAAGGAAUAUAAAUGGGUCAUCCAGAGUCCGAAACGACGGCUUUUUGCGAAAGGGCUGCUGUCGCGUUUCCUCCCCUACGCCUGGUAAGACACUCUGCUGACGCUUUUCUGAAGUCUCCCACGAUCGCACCUUGUGGCUCGACCAUCAGGACUGAUUAUCACUGGCCGGGUUUCCUUUCCAAUUUGGAAACCUUUUGGGGCCUCGUCCUGUAUGGUUUUUGCGUGACUCUCGUGGAUUUGAAUGUGUUUUUGCUCAAGAACCUCCUGUGGCUGCAGCCACAUCAUUUCCUUAUCGUCCUCAGGACAGCUUUGUUUGCUUCUGCAUGUGGUAAGCAUAAAGCCAGACAACCAGGUCAGCGAACGGCCAGCACCAAUCUCUUUUCUCUUUUCAGCGUCAGCGACACGAGAGUUCUAUGAGUAUCUGACUGACAGGUGGAGGAAACGAAAAGGGCAGCAUUAAGAGCCAACUCGAAUAUCUGUUUUCAUUCAGGAACUGCACGCGAUUGGGAAUGCAGUGUUGGCUCACUAUGGCCAUGUUGUCCACGGAGCUGCUAUUGGUGUGGAAGUGGAGAGGGGGUUUUGUCGUAGUUGAGUCGAUGCCUUGGCCCAUAGCUGUUGCGAAUGGAGGCUUGUUGUUUGCUGCAUGUAUGGUCACGCUAAGACUCUCUGUGUUUCGCGCGUCUCAUGAAAAGACUGGAUAGACGAUAUUCACAAUACAUGGCGCAGAAGCACUUAAUUGUCGA